GUGUGAAUGUGUAUUUGUUGGCAUUAAUGUGUUUAUGUUGGGAGGGGUCAUCUGUGAGUGCAGAGUGCAGACCACCUACAGGCCAACCCCCUCAUUGAGAGUAUAAAAACAGCUGGUCGGUCCACACAUGAACACACACACACAUACUCACUCAAGAGCUUUCACUCGAGGCACACACACACAGACCUUUAGAAGCAUUGCAAAGAUGCUCUGUGUCAGAACAUAUCGAGAGCAGCCACUGGGGAUGCCUUGCCAACACAAAUCCAUUCUGGAAAAAGUCCUCAUGGUGGACCAGAUCCUGUCGGAGUUCCAGCUGAAGAAGGAGCAGUUGCGGGAGGUGAUGAAGCGGAUGCAGCAGGAGAUGGAGCGCGGCCUCCGCCUGGAGACACACAACGAGGCCAGCAUCAAGAUGCUGCCCACCUAUGUCCGCUCCACUCCGGAGGGCUCGGAGGUGGGCGACUUCCUGGCUCUGGACCUCGGAGGCACCAACUUCCGUGUGAUGCUGGUGAAGGUGGGCGAGGAUGAGGAGAAGGGGUGGAAGGUGGAGACCAAGCACCACAUGUACUCCAUCCCGCAGGACGCCAUGACUGGAACCGCUGAGAUGCUGUUUGACUACAUUGCUGAGUGCAUCUCUGACUUCCUGGACAAACACCAAAUCAAACAUAAGAAGCUUCCACUUGGAUUCACCUUCUCUUUCCCGGUGCGGCAUGAAGACCUGGAUAAGGGCAUUCUGUUGAACUGGACCAAAGGCUUCAAAGCCUCUGGGGCUGAGGGGAACAAUGUUGUGGGGUUACUGAGAGACGCCAUCAAGAGAAGAGGGGAUUUUGAAAUGGAUGUGGUUGCCAUGGUGAAUGACACCGUAGCCACCAUGAUUUCCUGUUACUAUGAGGACCACAGCUGUGAAGUGGGCAUGAUUGUUGGCACGGGCUGUAACGCGUGUUACAUGGAGGAGAUGCGGACGGUGGAGCUGGUGGAGGGGGAGGAGGGCCGCAUGUGCGUCAACACGGAGUGGGGUGCGUUCGGGGCCAACGGCGAGCUGGAGGAGUUCCGGCUGGAAUACGACCGGGUGGUGGACGAAACCUCUCUCAACCCCGGCCAGCAGCUGUAUGAAAAGCUAAUCAGUGGCAAAUACAUGGGUGAGCUGGUGCGACUGGUGUUGCUGAAGCUGGUCAACGAGGACCUGUUGUUUAACGGCGAGGCUUCUGACCUCCUCAAGACCAGAGGGAGUUUUGAGACGCGCUUUGUCUCGCAGAUUGAGAGUGACUCAGGAGACAGGAAACAGAUCUUCAAUAUCCUGAGCACGCUCGGAGUCCUGCCAUCUGAGCUAGACUGUGACAUUGUGCGUCUAGCGUGUGAGCGAGUUUCCACACGGGCCGCCCAUAUGUGUGGAGCAGGACUGGCUGGUGUCAUCAACCGCAUGCGGGAGCGCCGCAGCCAGGAGGCGCUCAAGAUCACCGUGGGUGUGGACGGGUCCGUCUACAAACUCCAUCCUCGUUUCCAAGAAAGGUUUCACUCGAUUGUGCGGGAACUCACGCCAAGCUGUGACAUCACUUUCAUCCAGUCCGAAGAAGGAAGUGGACGAGGCGCUGCACUGAUCUCUGCAGUGGCUUGCAAGAUGGCCGCUUGCAUGUUGACCCACUAGGGGAUGCUGAUGACACCCUCUGGGUGUCCAGUGGAGGAAGAAUUCGGACUGCAGGACAGCUGGACUACAUUGUUAGCUACAGCUCACGCACAGUGUUCUCUUAGAUCUCUCUCCAGAUGGAAGAAUUAGUUGGAAGCGCAAGGCUCUCAGUGUACACAGUGGACAUCAUUACCUCUGGGGCAACUCACCAUACACAGGGAUCGUAUAAUCAUCAAAGUGUAAAAAACUGGAUAGCUCUUCAACAGAACUCCCUCAUGAUUGUCGUAUCCAGUCACUGAAGCUUUUGAUCUCAGUGUCUAUGAGCAUGUACAUAGGUUCCCACAGCUAAUAUUUCUAUCACCUCAUGAUUUACAAAGGGUUCUGUUUACAUUUUAAACACUUACCUUGCCUACAUUUACCAAAAUAUUUUAUUCAAUGAUCCAUUAACACUGCAGUUUGUGUGGAUAGGAAAGUUGUUGGCCUUUUGGAUGCACUGAUAGGCCUAUAUGAUGAGACUUGAAGUUCUGAGAUGAACAGUUAGCCUACCACAGAGAGAAAGAAGAAGAGGAAGAUUAUAUUAUACUAUAUUAUAUAAGAGGUGUUAUAAAGGAUUUGUAAGACUUUGAUCGUCAGCUGAUAAAUUGCUGAACUUGUGUAAUAAACUGUCUGUAUUUUUACAUUGGGUGUCUUGGGAAAGGCGCUUUAUAAAUAAAAUAUAUUAUUAUUAUUAUUAUUAUUAUUUAUUAUUAUUAUGCAUAGGCUAAUUGAUUGACCAUUUUAUUUAUUGACCUGUAAAUUAAUGUGUAACUUAGUCUGAUAGCUGUUAAACCCUCUGAUAUUCAGUACUGAUGAAUGAACUAUGCUUUGUACUUGUGAAAUUACUAUACGAAUGUAAAUAAAAAGGUCAUAGUAUGGA